GAAAAGUGCCUCAUAUCUUGUGAUACAUCAGAUAUUAAAUUUGAUAAUGGUAUAAAGAUUCUUUAUAACUGUACAUUUUGCAGAUCAAAAUUAAAUACAAAUCAUAAUUUAAUAGAGCAUUGCCAAGGAAGAAUGCAUAUGUGGAAAGCGAAACAAUUUUGUAAUAAGGCAUAUUCCAAUAUCAAUGACAAUACAAUGCCAUUAACAAAUCAAUUUAGUAAGAUAUCUAUUACAGAUAAGAUAUCACAAAAUACAGAAACAAUUGAUAAAUUGAUUUUAUCAACCGAUAUCUAUACUCAAGUUACCAAGUGUCUUCAUGAAUCACCAAUAUAUUCAAAAAUAUACAAGAUGGGAAAUGAAGAAAGCAUAAAGACAUGUAAAGAAACAUCCUUACCAGAACGUUUAAAUACACUGUAUGAUACCAGCUGUUUAAAAAUUGAAGAAGAAAUGUAUAGUUUAAAUGAAACAAAAAUGAAUGCAAUAAAAUCAAGGUUCAAAUUACUUAUGCCACACACAGAAAAAUAUUUCUAUUGUUUAGUUUGUGAUAUAAGUAUUUCAAAAGAGAUAUAUUUAUUAUAUGAACAUGUGUGUCUUCGAUCACAUGUUAAAAAUGUUAGUAAAAUCGAAGAAAAUGUGGAUACUAAAAAAUUGUCAAGACAAUAUAUAAAGGAAAUGCCAGAGGAUUUAAUAAAAUGUUAUCCUUGUGGGAACAUCUUUAAAAAUGAAUCUAUAAUGAUUGAUAUUCAUAUUAAUAGUGACAUACAUAAACAAAAUUAUACAAAGUUCAGCACAAUUAUAGAUACAACUUUCGAGUCCAUAUUGCAAAAUCUUAGUAAUUUGUGCUACAGUAUUGAAAGAUUCUCGUGCAUUUUGUGUGAAACAAAUUUUAAAUAUAAAAUGGAAUUUAUACGGCAUGUUAUAAAUCAUAUUCAAUCAUCAAAAUUGUAUAUGUUUGAUUUUUGUAUUCCAUGUGCCACUUUAUGGUACUGUAAAUGGAAUUCUUAUACAGAGCAUUGUAAUGACAUAAUACACAAAUAUUUAUCAAAAAGUAAAGAUUUUAUGAUUGAGGAUCUUCCACAAUGUAUAAGGAAACUGUUAACUCAAGUUGAUGAAACUGUUAAUAUUUUAUUUCAACAAACACAAGAUUUAUUAAAUGACAAUAUACAGGAGGAAGUGAAACAAUCGUUAGAAAAUAGCUUAAGAGUACACUUUCCAUCCAUCAAAGUAUUUUUAUUUGGUUCAAGAGUUAAUGGACUUGGAUUUGCUAAUAGUGAUAUAGAUGUAUACAUUGAUUGUGAAAAUACAUACUAUACAAAUAAUUCUGAGAGCUUAAGCAUUCAAUACCUUUCAUGUAUUGUACAAAUUUUAUGUGGACAAAAGGAAGAAUGGAAAGUGAAGGACAUACUGGAAGGAACUAGAACUCCUAUAAUAAAAUUAAUAUAUAAACGUGUAGGUGUAGAUUGUGAUAUUUCUGUCACAAAUGGUCUUUCUGUUGAGAAUUCUAAACUGAUACGGUUGGGAAACUGGGGUUGCACUACCUAAGACUAAUAAUGAAAUUGUGCAAUCAAUUCCAACAUUGUUACUGGGUUUUUUUAAGUUUUAUGCAAAAUUUGACUACCAA